AUGUGUUUGAUCUUUGAGAUCUGCCAAACUCCUCCACAUCAGUCGUUGAGCGACAGCUGUUACCGAAACCUGGCAGAGGACCGCAGCGGUGUCAACCUCAAAGACCUCGUCCACGACCCCUCCCUGUUGGGAGGAAUGAUCGUGGCGUACAAAAUAGUGCCAGAUGAAAUCGAUGACAUCAAGGACACGCUGGUGGAUUGGUGCGAUGAAAAAGAACUCAACCUCAUCCUCACCACCGGGGGCACCGGCUUCGCACCGAGAGACGUCACACCAGAGGCCACUAAAGAGGUGAUCGAGCGCGAGGCCCCUGGGAUGUCUCUGGCCAUGCUCAUGGGCUCCCUCAACGUCACACCACUGGGCAUGCUCUCCAGACCUGUUUGUGGCAUUCGGGGCAAGACGCUCAUCAUAAACCUCCCUGGAAGCAAAAAAGGCUCCCAGGAAUGCUUCCAGUUCAUCCUGCCCGCGCUGCCCCACGCCAUCGACCUGCUGCGGGACGCAGUGGUGCGGGUGAAGGAGGCGUCAGACGGCCUAGAGGAGCUGCCCUCGCCCCCGCCCCCCUUGUCUCCUCCCCCGCGCAGCCCCUCCCCCUCUCGCUCGCACACACAGGACAAGGGCGUGCAGUGCGAGGACGAGGACGAGGACAAGAAAGACAGCGGUGUAGCGUCCACAGAAGACAGCCAGUCCUCCCACAUCACCGCGGCCUCCAUCGCUGCUAAGCCAGGCCCUUUGACUCUUGUGGCCCCCGUGGUCGCUGUGGCCCCUGUGGCCCCUGUGGCUCUAGGUAAGCCCAAUAUCUUCACCUUCCAUCUGAGCACUACACAGCUCAUCCCAGACUCCAUCACCUCGCGGGGCGUGCAGGUGUUGCCGCGCGACACGGCGUCUCUCAGCACCACGCCCUCGGAGUCGCCGCGGGCUCAGGCCACUUCCCGUCUCUCCACGGCCUCCUGUCCCACGCCCAAGGCGCGGCUCCCCUCCUGUUCAUCCACCCUAAGCAUUGCAGAGGCCUCACGGAGAGAAUUCAGGGCGCACCUGGAUGAGGUCAUCACGCUCAAGUCCAGGUACUCCACCCUGGACCAGCUCCAGUGUAGGUUGGAGGGCCUUAAAGAUGACCGCAGGAGGACCUUCAGCUCUCGAGUCCAGUCCCGCUGCAGCAGCAAAGAGAACAUUCUCAGAGCAAGUCACAGCGCGGUGGACAUCACCAAAGUGGCCCGGAGACACCGCAUGUCGCCGUUCCCCUUGACCUCGAUGGACAAAGCCUUCAUCACUGUGUUGGAGAUGACCGCUGUCCUGGGCACCGAGAUCAUCAACUACAGAGAUGGGAUGGGUCGGGUGCUCGCUCAGGACGUUUAUGCCAAAGACAACCUGCCCCCUUUCCCCGCCUCGGUCAAGGACGGCUAUGCUGUGAGAGCGGCUGACGGACCUGGCGACCGCUUUAUCAUUGGCGAAUCACAAGCUGGAGAGCAGCCCACGCACACAGUGAUGCCGGGCCAGGUGAUGAGAGUGACCACAGGGGCCCCCAUCCCUUGCGGAGCCGACGCCGUGGUACAAGUGGAGGACACAGAGCUGCUGAGAGAGUCCGAAGACGGCACAGAAGAGUUGGAGGUACGAAUCCUAGUCCAGGCUCGUCCCGGACAAGAUAUCAGGCCCAUAGGUCACGACAUAAAGCGGGGGGAAUGCGUGCUGGCCAAGGGCACCCACAUGGGCCCCUCGGAGAUCGGGCUCCUGGCCACGGUGGGCGUCACGGAGGUGGAGGUGCAGAAGUUCCCUGUGGUGGCGGUCAUGUCCACGGGCAACGAGCUGCUAAACCCAGAGGACGACCUCCAUCCUGGGAAGAUCCGGGACAGCAACCGCUCCACUCUGCUGGCCACCAUCCAGGAGCACGGGUACCCCACCAUCAACCUGGGAAUCGUAGGGGACAACCCUGACGACCUCCUGAACGCUCUGAAUGAAGGCAUCAGCCGAGCAGACGUCAUCAUCACCUCUGGAGGCGUGUCCAUGGGGGAGAAGGAUUACCUAAAACAGGUGAUGGACAUAGACCUCCACGCUCAGAUCCAUUUUGGACGUGUUUUUAUGAAACCAGGCCUCCCGACCACCUUCGCCACGCUGGACAUGGACGGCGCCCGUAAGCUCAUCUUCGCUCUCCCAGGUAGAAACCCCGUGUCGGCUGUGGUCACCUGUAAUCUUUUUGUAAUUCCUGCCUUGAGAAAGAUGCAGGGGAUUUUGGACCCCAGACCGACCAUAAUCAAAGCCAGGUUGUCCUGUGACGUGAAGCUGGACCCACGGCCUGAAUAUCACCGCUGCAUUCUGACAUGGCAUCACCAGGAGCCUCUGCCAUGGGCACAGAGCACAGGGAACCAGGUGAGCUGCCGGCUGAUGAGCAUGCGCAGCGCCAACGGGCUCCUGAUGCUACCUCCCAAAACAGAGCAAUACGUGGAGCUGCACAAGGGAGAGGUUGUGGACGUCAUGGUGAUCGGCCGGCUAUGA